AUGAUGAAACAUCACCGCAACUCGAAGUUGUCGAGAGACUCGAAUAUUGCCCUUAUAGCUGAGUCGAUACAAACACCGCGAUUCCGUAAACGAUUGACACGUCGCACGCCCAUUCGAUCUGCAUCCCGCUUCGUUCCUCAAGACCCCAACGAAACACCAGAACAUCAUUUUCCUCUUCAAACUAUUUCCUCGCGAUUUGCCCAAUCUCGCUUCAUCAACCGCUACGAUAGCCGUGAGAUAUUGAUUCUUGUUGACGGAAGUUGCGUCAACAAUGGAAGCAAGGAUCAGAUUGCUAAGCCGUCUUCCGGUGGAUGCAGUUUCACAUUUAAAGGGCCAGGAAGAUAUGGAUCCGAAGUAGAGUAUCCUUUCAAGGAUGCUCAUUAUAAUGACGGUGGGAUGGUUGGAUUUCCUCUGGAGAAGUGCGGACCUGGAGGCGAAAGUUACGAUGCAACAAGUAACAGGGCAAAACUUAGGGCAGUAAUUGCAGCACUCGAAUUCCGCGACUGGCAAGAAGAAGGAUGGCAGCGCAUCGUCGUCGCGACAGACCUGAAAUAUGUUGUCGAUGGUGGUGCAAUAAGCCAUCUACCAACCUGGGUUCGACGCGGUUGGCGGACUAGCAAGUUCAAGAAAGUAGCUAACCGAGACCUAUGGGAAGAACUCCACGGCGUCAUUGAGAACUUGCAAAGAAGUGGUACCUCGAUUUCAUUCUGGCUGCUUCGUUCGGGAAGCUUGGCUAAGACCAGGUCAGCACUGGUACGCGAGACCAAAAAAGCCGCCAGAGAGACUGCUAGAGAGCAUAUUGAUGAAAUUGCGCUGGAAUUUACGAGGCUAUGCGGCAUCAUGUUAUAA